AUGCAAGUUACUCGCACCAUCCCAGGUCUCGGCACCGUCAGCACGAACAAGACAUUCUUUGAAGGCACCGUAGCACAAUUCCGGGGUAUACCAUACGGUGCUGUCGCGCGGCGGUUCCAGAGGUCCAAGAUCGUGGACAAGUGGUCCUCAGAGACUCUCGACGCCAGCCAUUUCGGUCCUAUCUCGCCUUCACCAGCCCUCGCAGCCUCUCUCAACCUCGUUGGCGCUAGCAUCCCUGCCGAGGACCCCAUACCGCCUGUCAACGAAUUCCAAUGUCUCAACCUCAACAUCACGACACCUACGUACAAUCUUGCUGGCACGAAACUGCCAGUCUUGGUCUUCAUCCAUGGCGGCGCAAACUGCAUGGGCGCCGGGUCUGCAGCCCAGUAUAACGGGGCACCUCUCGUUCACCUCUCUCUGGACAUGGAGCAGCCGAUAGUGGUGGUCACCAUAAACUUCAGACUGGGAGCUUUUGGAUUUCUGGCAUCGGAUGAUCUUGAGCUGGAUAACCGCAAGGCAGGCGAUGUCGGCGUCGGUAACUAUGGGAUCCACGAUCAGAUUGUGGCGCUGCAGUGGGUGAAGAGGUAUAUCGGCGCGUUCGGUGGGGAUCCGAAGCAGGUGACGGUAGUAGGUCAGAGUGCUGGUGGAAGUGACAUCCAGAUUCAGAUGCUGUCGCCCUGGGCUGCGCACCUAGAGUUAUUCAGCCAGGCGGUGAUCAUGUCAGGCAAUGCAGUCCUUACAUCUCGCAGCCUCGAACAUCAAGAAGGCAUUUACCAGAAGGUUCUUGCACACCUGCAGAUUCCCUCCGAUAUAGAUGCUCUGGAUAAAAUCCAACGCUUGCGAGACGUACCGGUGAAUGAGCUGUUGAACGCUUACAUCGCCACUGGAUCUCCACUACCAAAUUGGCAAGCCACGGUCGAUGGCUUCCUCCUGAAUCGACUUCCAUUGCCAUCGACGAUAGGGAACCAGCCAUACGACUCGUAUGUACGCAGGAUCAUCAUUGGUGACUGUGAGAAAGAAGGCAUUAUCUGGGCUCCGCGUAUCGCCAAACUCGACUGGACACCAGACAAGAUCCGCUCUUUACUCUCUUCCUUCUUCUCUGCCCAAGAGCUCGAGUAUAUGACUGCUUCCUACAAUCUUACAGACUUCUCCCAUGAGCAAGCAGUAUCCACCUUGGAGCCUUUCUGCACCGACGCAGAGUUCGGCCGCGACAUCCAUGAGAUUGCAAAGACUUUUAGCGGUGAGAAGGCGUUCUGCUAUCACAUGCGUUACGGCAAUCCAUUUCCGGGCCCGUUCCAGAAUAUGGCACAUCACGCUGUGGACUUGCUUUUUCUCUUCCAGACGUACAACCACCUCUUACCAGACAAGCUAGCAAAGGCAGCAGAACAGAUGGGAAGGCACUGGAUAACCUUUAUGAACGGCGGCGAUCCAUGGCCCGCCUUUGAAGAGCGAGAGAGUGUGAUGUCCUAUGGACCAGAGGAAGUGGUGGCAUUGGGUCGGACGGAGGAUUCCAUGGGCCGAUAUGAGCGAUGGGAGGAGUUAGGCGGUAGCAAUAAGUGGUCCCGGUGCAGUAUGAUCAUUCGUGGGGAGGUUGAAUGGCCGUAG